GCGUUCCGCCUCCUUCGCACCCGGCGCUCCCGCCACCUUGGCAACUCGGCGCCCGCCAACCGCCUCCGUCUGAGGCUUUCGAUGCAUUGAGGCUCCCGGCCUCGCUCCUGUCUCUUUAAAUGGUGGGACCAACGGGCCGCCCCUGCAGCUGCUGCCUGGGUGGCCCCGCGCGCCGCUAUUGAGGGGCGAACCAAGAUGGCGGCGGCUUUGGCUCUGUGAGGAAGACGGAAGAGGCGGCGGCAGCGGCAAAGGAAAGGGACUGCCCGCAGCCACGAGCGCUCGGCGCCUGGGGGCUCUUGGAGUCUCCCGCGCAGUGGUAGCAGCUGCGGCAGGAGCAGGCGCCCGUCGGCGUCGGACAUUUGAAGCAGGGAAGCGGAGUGGAGCCACCGGCUACGGUGGCAGGGCCAGGUAUAAGGAAGGAAAACAUGGCGGCGGCGGCCUGAGGAGGCGGCGGCGGCGCGGGAAGCGGCUUCGCGGAGAUCAUGGCGGAGGCGGGAGCAGGGCAGUGACCGGCGCCCCGAGUACCUACCGCGGCGGGACGAGAGGCUGCUAAGCGCUGCGCGCCCCACUCGGGGCGGCCGGGCUCGCCGGGCCUGGACAAUAGCGCCGAGGCACCAGAGGCGAGGAAAGGCGGGGGUCCAGAGCUCGGGCCCGGCAGCGGGCCAUGCGGGCGGCAGCGCGGCCCCGCGGCGGCCAGCGACGGCAGUGAAGCCGGGGACCCCUGCGCUUGCGGGCGUCCUCCCGCCUCGGCUCCCGCCUCCCCCGGACCCCCUUCCUGGGCGACUCCGGCGGGGCCUUUGCCCCGGCUCCUGGGCGGCACGAUGACCGACACCCGGCGGCGGGUGAAGGUUUACACGCUUAACGAGGACCGGCAGUGGGACGACCGUGGCACCGGGCAUGUGUCGUCCGGUUACGUGGAGCGGCUGAAGGGCAUGUCCCUGCUUGUCAGGGCGGAGAGCGAUGGCUCUCUACUUUUAGAGUCCAAAAUAAAUCCUAACACUGCAUACCAGAAACAACAGGAUACUUUGAUUGUGUGGUCAGAAGCCGAAAAUUAUGACUUGGCUCUUAGCUUUCAAGAAAAAGCUGGAUGUGAUGAAAUUUGGGAGAAAAUAUGUCAGGUUCAAGGAAAGGACCCUUCAGUGGACAUCACUCAGGACCUUGUAGAUGAAUCUGAAGAGGAGCGUUUUGAUGAUAUGCAAUCGCCAGGUUUAGAAUUACCAUCUUGUGAAUUAAGUCGCCUUGAGGAAAUUGCAGAACUUGUGGCAUCAUCUUUACCUUCCCCCCUGCGUCGUGAAAAACUUGCACUAGCACUGGAAAAUGAGGGUUAUAUUAAAAAGCUCUUAGAGCUUUUUCAUGUGUGUGAGGAUUUGGAAAAUAUUGAAGGACUGCACCACUUGUAUGAAAUUAUCAAAGGCAUCUUCCUCUUGAAUCGAACUGCUCUUUUUGAAGUUAUGUUCUCUGAGGAAUGUAUAAUGGAUGUCAUUGGAUGCUUAGAAUAUGAUCCUGCUUUAUCACAACCACGAAAACAUAGGGAAUUUCUAACAAAAACAGCCAAGUUUAAAGAAGUGAUUCCCAUAUCAGAUCCUGAGCUGAAACAAAAAAUUCAUCAGACGUACAGGGUCCAGUAUAUACAAGAUAUGGUUCUACCUACCCCUUCAGUCUUUGAAGAAAAUAUGUUAUCAACACUUCAUUCCUUCAUCUUUUUCAAUAAGGUAGAAAUUGUUGGUAUGUUACAGGAAGACGAAAAAUUUCUGACAGAUUUGUUUGCACAACUAACAGAUGAAGCAACAGAUGAGGAAAAAAGACAAGAAUUGGUUAACUUUUUAAAAGAAUUUUGUGCGUUUUCCCAAACGCUACAACCUCAAAACAGAGAUGCAUUUUUCAAGACUUUGUCCAACAUGGGCAUAUUACCAGCUUUAGAAGUCAUCCUUGGAAUGGAUGAUACACAGGUGCGAAGUGCUGCUACUGAUAUAUUCUCAUACUUGGUUGAAUAUAAUCCAUCCAUGGUACGAGAGUUUGUCAUGCAGGAGGCACAGCAGAAUGAUGAUGAUAUUUUGCUCAUCAACCUCAUUAUAGAACAUAUGAUUUGUGAUACAGACCCUGAACUUGGAGGAGCAGUCCAACUUAUGGGCCUGCUUCGAACUUUAGUUGACCCAGAGAACAUGUUAGCUACUGCCAAUAAAACAGAAAAGACUGAAUUUCUGGGUUUCUUCUACAAACACUGUAUGCAUGUCCUCACUGCUCCUUUACUGGCAAACACAACAGAAGACAAACCUAGCAAAGAUGACUUUCAGACUGCCCAGCUGUUGGCACUGGUACUGGAAUUGUUAACGUUCUGUGUGGAGCACCACACCUACCACAUAAAGAACUACAUCAUCAACAAGGACAUCCUCCGGCGAGUGCUGGUCCUCAUGGCCUCGAAGCACGCUUUCUUGGCGUUAUGUGCUCUUCGUUUUAAGAGAAAGAUUAUUGGAUUAAAAGAUGAGUUUUACAACCGCUACAUAAUGAAAAGUUUUUUGUUUGAACCAGUAGUCAAAGCAUUUCUCAACAAUGGAUCCCGCUACAAUCUGAUGAACUCUGCCAUAAUAGAGAUGUUUGAAUUCAUUAGAGUGGAAGAUAUAAAAUCAUUGACUGCUCAUGUAAUUGAAAAUUACUGGAAGGCACUGGAAGAUGUAGAUUAUGUACAGACAUUUAAAGGAUUAAAACUGAGAUUUGAACAACAAAGAGAAAGGCAAGAUAAUCCCAAGCUUGACAGUAUGCGUUCCAUUUUGAGGAAUCACAGAUAUCGAAGAGAUGCCAGAACACUAGAAGAUGAAGAGGAGAUGUGGUUUAACACAGAUGAAGAUGACAUGGAAGAUGGAGAAACUGUAGUGUCUCCAUCUGACAAAACUAAAAAUGACGAUGACAUUAUGGAUCCAAUAAGUAAAUUCAUGGAGAGGAAGAAAUUAAAAGAAAGUGAGGAAAAGGAAGUGCUUCUGAAAACAAAUCUCUCUGGCCGGCAGAGCCCAAGUUUCAAGCUUUCCCUCUCUAGUGGGACAAAGACUAAUCUCACCAGCCAGUCACCUGCAACAAAUCUGCCUGGUUCUCCAGGAUCACCAGGGUCACCGGGGUCCCCAGGCUCUCCUGGAUCCGUCCCUAAAAAUACAUCUCAGACGGCAGCUAUUACUACCAAGGGCGGCCUUGUGGGGCUGGUAGAUUACCCUGACGAUGACGAGGACGACGAUGAGGAUGAAGACUCGGAGGACGCCUUACCGCUGUCAAAGAAAGCCAAGUUUGAGUCCUAAUGACGGCAACUGCCUGCAGUCAGCACCUGUUGAAAAAACUGGUUCUCGACCCCCCCUACAAAAUCCACAGCGGAGCAGUGGUCUCUUGUGAAUGACUGGCAGAGCAGCCUUGCACACUUGACUGCUGCUCAUCAAGUGCCAAUUCAGUGGAGCAGGAGGAGGGGAUCACGUGGGGGAGACAAGCCUUUGGGCUCUGCAGCUUGGACCAUACAUUGCCCUUUUCUCAGGGAAGGAAAUGGAAACAUAAAGCCAACAGGGCAGGGGUUUUGUAAGUGGAACUCUGCAUUGACUGCUCAGUUGCUACAAUCAGAAUAUGCUUUCUCGGACCAUGUUUGAGACUCAGAAGAAUAGGUCUUUCGGCCAUAAUUCUUCACUAGUUAAGAAUGCCAGCAGUUUCUUUGUAUAAAGAGACCUGCCUUUAAAAUCCUACAUUCUGAACAUUUUAGUCAAGCUACAACAGGUUUGGAAAACCUAUGGGGAGGGGCGAAUACAAACUUUCCUCUUUUUUAUCUGUUCCCUUUGCCCUUCGAACUGCAGAUUUUUUUUUUAAGUGGGGAUUUGUCCCUGCUUGAUUAAAGAUUGAGUGGAAUUCUAGAUGUGGUCAUUUGUGUCAUAAUUUUUUUUGUUUCAUUUUGUUUUUGAUUUUUUUCUCCCCUGAGUGUAUGCUUAGUUGUUGAGUAUAUAUAUUUGGGACCAUUAAACCUUUUUUUGAUGUAAUAUAUCCUAACGUUGUGCUGGUACCUGUUUUACCAUGUGUAAUUUUUGUUCCACAUCACAGUUCUUAAUUUGUUUAGAGUUUUAUGAAAGAUGGUAUAGUUUUUAUUGACAAAAGCAAAGUAAUCUUACAACUAUGUGCAUACAAAAGCAAUACUAUUUUGUGACUAAAUAUUUUAUAUGAAAAUUUACAUCAGCAACUGUCUUGAGAAUUCAGGGAAGUAGAGUGGAAUUUAAAAUUUCAACAGUUUUGUUAAACCUAGAACCGUGAAAUUAGUAUUCCAAAGAGAUUCUGAAAUUUCAUAUCUUGGCAAAAUGACGGUACAUUAAAUCAAAAUCGAGGAUGGAUGAUUUAAAAAUAACAUAUCUGACUUUUGAAUAAUAAAAAGAAAAGUGAAGAGUAAGAGAAA